AUGAAUAGAGAAGACUAUGUAAAAGAAGUUCAACGGCAAUUGGAUAAUGAUCAAUAUUAUGAGAAGGUACAAACUGACUUCUCACCUGCAGCUAUUCAGAACGUUAUCAAAUGUGUCGAAGAAAUUGAAAACAUCGAACCUAACAUUAGGAAUGAAUUUGAUGUUUUUCCAGAAAAUCUGAGGACCCCACAAUUUUACAUACUGCCAAAAAUCCAUAAAACUUUUGAUGAUAAUCUACCUCUUGGAUACCCUGGCCGACCUAUUGUGUCUGCAUAUGAUUCAUGCACGGAUCAUAUAUCUAAAUACGUUGACCAUAUUCUGCAACCAUUUGUGCAGUCCCUGCCGUCGUAUAUAAAAGACACAAAUGAUUUUAUUACGAAGCUUAAACAGCAUAAACUAAGCAACCAUAAAACAUUUCUAGUUACAUUGGAUGUUAAUUCUUUGUAUACAAAUAUCCCACACACUGAAGGUAUAGAAGCAUGCAAAUAUUUUUUGGAAAAUAGUAACUAUAAUGGUAGAUUGUCAGUGGACAGUGUAUGUAAACUUAUACAAACUGUAUUAGAAAACAACUUCUUCAAGUUUAAUAAUGAUAAUUAUCUACAAAAAACUGGGACAGCUAUGGGUAGUCCCAUGGCUCCAUCUUUUGCUUCCUUAUUCAUGGAUGUAGAUGUUAGUAUAGAUGAUGAACAUAACCUCAGCACCAAUGUACAUGUCAAACCUACCAAUAUUCACCAGUAUGUUGAUUAUAGUUCGUGCCAUCCUAAAGCAUGUAAGGAUGGUAUACAUUACAGUCAAGCUAAACGGUAUCGCCGAAUAUGUUCUGAUGAGAAUCAAUUUUUUGGUAAUAUCGAACAGCUUCGGCAACACUUCCUUGUUAGAAACUACCCAGAGUCUGUUAUUAAUACAGCAUUUGAGAAAGUUAUGUGUAUGUCACAAGAUGAUGCACUUAGAGCCUCUGUAAAACAAGAUCAAAAUAUUGUGCCUUUUGUAGUUGAGUACAACACAUCUCUUCCUAAUAUUGGCAACAUUAUUAACAAAUACUGGGAUUUACUUCAGCUGUCAGAUAAUCCUGCUGUUAAAAUGUUACAUUUGUGUAAACCUACCAUGGCUUUUAAACGUCCUAAGAAUUUGAAGGACAUUCUAGUUAAAACUGACUUUCAUAUGUUGCCUGAUGUUAAUUUUACUUCGUCUAAAUGUAAUCGUUCAAGAUGUUCACAUUGUUCUUACAUUACUGAAAGUGAUAGUUUUAAUAGCUCUCAGUUUUUUAUGCCUAUCAUUGAUGAAUCUAUACAUACACUGUUGUAUGGUUUUGAUUUUGGUAUUCCAUUUUAA